AUGAUUAAAAAAGUUGCUAUUUGUAGUGGGACCUUGGGUAUUUUAUCCUAUGGAGGGUUUUAUUUUUUAAAAAUAAAUUUUCAAAAGAAUAUGAUAGAUAAAGAUGUGACAUAUAAAUAUAGGCCUUGUAUAAAAAGAAACGAAAUGAUUAAGAAGCUACAAGAAAAUCAAUAUGAUUUAUUAAUAAUAGGAGGAGGAGCUACAGGUGCUGGUUUGGCCUUAGAUGCAGCUACAAGAGGAUUAAAAUGUGCUUUAGUAGAAAAGAAUGAUUUUUCAAGUGGUACCUCUUCUAAGUCUACUAAAUUAUUACAUGGUGGUAUAAGAUAUUUAGAAAAUGCAGUAAAUAAUUUAGAUUUUACAGAAUUAUAUUUUGUAUGGGAAGCAUUAGCAGAAAGAGCACAUACAAUGAAAAUAGCACCAUAUUUAUCAAGACCAGUAUCUAUUUUAAUGCCUAUAUAUAAAUAUUGGCAAGUACCUUAUUUUUCUUAUAAUAUUAAGAUAUAUGAUUUAUUAGCUGAUCUUGUUUGUUAUUUUGAUAAGGGUGUACCUAAUUCUUUAUAUAUUAGAAAAUCGAAUACUAUCGAUAAUUUUCCAUUAUUAAGAAAAGAUAAAUUGAAAGGAUCUUUAAUUUAUUUUGAUGGGCAACACGAUGAUAGUAGAAUGAAUUUAAAUUUAAUAUUGACUAGUGCUAUUGAUGAUUAUGUACCUGGACAAAUAGGAGCUACUGUAUGUAAUCAUAUGGAAGUUAAAAAUUUUAUAAAAGAUGAAAAUAAUAAACUUGUUGGUGUACGUGCCAUAGAUAAAAUUAAUGAUAAAGAAAUUGAAAUAUUCUCUAAGGUUAUUAUUAAUGCUACUGGUCCAUAUGGUGAUAUCAUACGUAAACUAGCCGAUGAAAAUAGAAAACCCAUGAUACAAGUUUCUGUUGGAUGCCAUUUCAUAUUACCAAAAUGGUAUUCUACAAAAAAUAAUGGAAUGAUAAUACCUAAAACUAGUGAUGAUAGGGUACUUUUCUUACUACCCUGGGAAAAUAAUACUUUAGUAGGUACUACUGAUGAAAAAAGAAUAAUGCAAGAUGAUCCGAAGAUACAAGAAAAGGAUAUCGAAUUCUUAACAAAUGAACUAUCUAAAUAUAUUCAUGUAAGUGCAGAAGAAAUUAAAAAUGAUAUAACCGCUGCAUGGUGUGGUUUUAGACCUCUAAUUUCAAAAAAUAAUAAUAAAAAAAGUAAAUUUUCUUCAAACAAAAAGAAAAAUAAUAACAACAAUAUUAAUAGUAGUAGUAGUAGUAAUAAUAACAAUUUUGAUGAUGAACAAAAUAAUAAUAAUAAUAAUAAUAUAGGUACACAUGAAAUAUCAAGAAGUCAUGAAAUUAUAGAAGAUGAUAAUGGUCUUAUCAGUAUAUUAGGUGGCAAAUGGACUAUAUAUAGAAAAAUGGCACAAGACACCUUAGAUUAUAUUUUAUGUAAAUAUCCAAAUGAACUAAAAACAAAAUAUAAUUGUCGAACUAAGUUUUUAAAACUUAUAGGUUGUCAUGAUAAAUAUGGUAUCUUUAAUGAAGAUGAUUUAACUUUUGGUUGUAGUAAAUUAAGUAAAACACUUGUUAAUAAAUAUCCACAAAUAGAUUUUCAAACAGCAAAUCAUUUAGUUUCUAAUUAUGGUUAUUUAUCGGAAAAUGUAUGUGAACUAGCCAAAGAAUUAAAUAUGUUCAAUAAAAUAGAUUCUACCAAACCAUAUAUAGAAGCUGAAAUUAUUUAUGCAACCAGAUAUGAAUUUGCUAAUACCAUAUCAGAUAUUAUUGGAAGAAGAUUCAGAUUAGGUUUUAUUGAUUCUCAAGUAUCCAAUAAAGUUAUUGAUAAAAUAGCUCAACUAUUGAAAAAUGAAUUAACAUGGAAUACCGAACAACUUAAUAAAAAUGUAAAAGAAGCUAAAGAUUACAUAAACUCUUUAUCCCUAAAAGAUACGCCAUAA